AUGGUCAAGACCUCCGUCCUCAACGAUGCGCUCAACAGCAUCAACAAUGCCGAGAAGUCCGGAAAGCGUCAGGUUCUCAUCCAUCCUUCUUCCAAGGUCAUCGUCAAGUUCCUCAGCGUCAUGCAGAAGCACGGCUACAUCGGCGAGUUCGAGGAAGUCGAUGAUCACCGCUCUGGCAAGAUCGUCAUCCAGCUCAACGGCCGCCUCAACAAGACCGGUGUCAUCUCCCCCCGCUUCAACGUCCGCCUCGGCGACCUUGAGAAGUGGGUUGUCAAACUCCUGCCUUCCCGUCAAUUCGGAUACAUGGUCCUGACUACCUCGGCCGGUAUCAUGGACCACGAGGAGGCGCGUCGCAAGCACGUCGCUGGCAAGAUUAUUGGUUUCUUCUACUAG